CUCCUCCAAAACCACCACCUAGCUUGCUCCCUGUCUCGUCCCCCCUUCACACUCACCUCUCCACACCCCCCCGCCAAUGGCCGAUUCGCCGAACCCUAGCUCCGGGGACCUCCCCGCCGGCCCCGGGGGCUCGCCGGAGAAGCCGGUCCUGGCGGAUCGACGCGUGGCCGCGCUCGCCGGCGCCGGCGCGAGGUACAAGGCCAUGUCCCCCGCGCGGCUGCCGAUCUCGCGGGAGCCAUGCCUCACUAUCCCCGCCGGGUUCAGCCCCGGUGCCCUCCUCGAGUCCCCCGUCCUCCUCAACAACUUCAAGGUUGAACCGUCUCCCACAACUGGUACUCUAAGCAUGGCUGCAAUCAUCAACAAGAGCACUCAUAUGGACAUAAUGCCUUCACCUAGGGAUAAUUCAGCUGGUAGUGGCCAGGAAGAUGGAGGUUCUCGGGAUUUUGAAUUCAAGCCUCAUCUCAAUUCUCAUUUGGCGGCUCCUUCAGUCAACAAUCAAAACCAUCAUGACACUAUGCAAAAAUAUAGCUCAAAUCAUACCACACCAUCUAGCAAUUUGAAGACUGAAAAUAAACCUCUCUGUUCACGGGAAUCGAGUCACACAGCACAUGCUUCAAUUGCUCCAAACCAAACUGUUUCGAUAGUUUGUCCGUCUGACAACAUGCCUGCUGAAGUUGGUACAAUGGAGAUGCACCAGAUCAAUAGUUCUGAAAAUGCUACCCAGGAGACACAAAUUGAAAAUGUAGCUGAAAAAUCAGCAGAGGAUGGCUACAAUUGGCGUAAAUAUGGACAGAAGCAUGUCAAGGGAAGUGAAAAUCCUAGAAGUUAUUACAAGUGCACGCAUCCUAAUUGUGAAGUUAAAAAGCUAUUAGAGCGUUCGCUUAAUGGCCAAGUUACUGAAGUUGUUUAUAAAGGGCGUCAUAAUCAUUCUAAGCCCCAACCAAAUAGAAGGUUAGCUGCUGGUGCAGUUCCUUCAAGCCAGGGUGAAGAAAGAUACGAUGGUGUGGCAACUAUUGAAGACAAGCCUUCAAAUAUUUAUUCCAACCUCUGUAACCAAGUACAUUCAGCUGGCAUGAUUGACACUGUUCCGGGUCCAGCUAGUGAUGAUGAUGUUGAUGCUGGAGGUGGAAGAUCCUACCCUGGGGAUGAUGCUAAUGAUGAUGAUUUGGACUCGAAACGCAGGAAAAUGGAAUCUACUGGUAUCGACGCCGCUUUGAUGGGUAAACCAAAUCGUGAGCCUCGUGUUGUUGUACAAACUGUUAGUGAAGUUGAUAUCUUGGACGAUGGGUAUCGUUGGCGCAAAUAUGGGCAGAAAGUAGUGAAAGGAAAUCCCAACCCACGGAGUUACUACAAGUGCACAAAUACAGGAUGCCCGGUCAGGAAGCAUGUUGAGAGAGCAUCACAUGACCCGAAGUCGGUGAUCACAACAUAUGAAGGAAAACAUAACCAUGAAGUCCCUGUUUCCAGGAAUGCAAGCCAUGAGAUGUCCACAGCUCCCAUGAAGCCUGCUGUGCAUCCUAUUAAGAGCAACAUGCCAGGCCUUGGUGGCAUGAUGAGAGCAUGUGAUGCCAGGGCCUUCACCAAUCAAUAUUCUCAGGCAGCUGAAAGUGACACCAUCAGUCUUGACCUUGGUGUAGGCAUCAGCCCUACCCACAGCGAUGCAACAAACCAAAUGCAGCCUUCAGUUCCAGAAUCUAUGCAGUAUCAAAUGCAACACAUGGCUCCUGUAUAUGGUAGCAUGGGACUUCCAGGAAUGCCUGUGACAGCAGUACCUGGAAAUUCGGCUAGCAGCAUAUACGGUUCUAGAGAAGAAAACGGAAAUGAAGGGUUUACUUUCAAAGCCGCACCAUUGGACCGAUCAACUAACUUAUGUUACAGUAGUGCUGGUAACUUAGUGAUGGGUCCAUGAGUGUCUCUGCUGAUGGUCAUACCUCCAUGAAGCACAUAUUACCGUAAUCAUGAAGAUUGCUUCAGAAGGUGCUCUACUGUGUAUCGUCAUCCACACAUAAUUGAAUCGGAGGUGGUCAAGGUAUACCUGGGAGCUGCAGCGUUGACACAUGAGCCUUUUGCUGUUUGGAUGUACACUUGCUGUAUGUGACGCUGCAGCUCAACAUUCGUUGUACAGCAAACCAGUUAUGAUUAAUUAGAUUCUGAUAAUUUGGUUAUGUAAACUUCUUUCUGUACUGGAAUAUGGGAUAGAACCAAAGAUCCGUCUGGUGGCAAAGCUUUGUUAUGCCCUGCAUAUGAACGAUGCCAGUUUGAU